GUUUAUGGAUGGAUUUGGGAUUCCGCCGACUACAGCUGUCUUUCCCGAGCAUGCAGAUGGCUCCUAGACGGCUGAAGCAGUGAAUGACCUCAGGCCGAGCCGGGGAUCGUGUAAGAUGGUGUGAGAAUGGCACCAUGGCAGAGGACGUGCUCAGAGACUGCUCGCUGGCCUUAAAGACGGCCGUGCUGCGUGCGGCGACGGACCUCCCCCUGUCCGUCUUUUCCUCCCUCCCACAGGUGAGCCUGAGCUCUGGCGCUAAGAAGCUCGUGGCCGUCGCUGCCUUCGGUGCCGUCUCCGUCCUCUUCCUCGCCCGUCGCUUCAAGAGACGGAAAGGGAAGAAAAAAGUGGUGCAGGAGCAGAAGAGGUCUGAGUUCCUCUCUACGCUUCCACCACUCAAGGAUGUGACUUGCGCCCGUCAGAACCUCAGUUUAUCUCUGAACUCAAAAAGCGGCAUCUCCCGUCACGGCCUGUCUAACGGUGGCUUACACGGCAAACUCUCCAGCUCUCUGCAAAGUCUGACCUCGGUGAGGAGCUUAAACUCUUGCAGCGAGGGCACCAACGGAUCGGCCUGCUGGGACGGAACUGACGAUGCCAAUCUCCGUGACAUCGUCACGACGCCAGAAAACCUCUACAUGAUGGGUAUGGAGUUGUUCGAGGAGGCGCUGCGGCGCUGGGAAGAGGCGCUGAAUUUCCGGAGCCGGCUCGCUGACGACGAGGCCGAGUGCUCUUCUGUAAAACUUGGAGCCGGAGACGCCAUCGCCGAGGAAACUGUAGAGGACAUCAUCAGCGGCGAGUUCAUCCGUAAGCUGGAGUCUCUGCUGCAGAGAGCUUAUCGGCUUCAAGAGGAGUUUGAAGGAGCAAUGGGAUUCGCCGAGCCGGCUCCGCACCACAGCGAGAAACACACCGAAGGCUCUAUGAGGGAGGAUUUAGAUGACUCCUGUUGGAGAGACACCGUGAGCAUCGGCUCCACCGACUCCUUCGUCUCCGCCGCAGAGCUGUCCGAGCAUAAGGCCGCCCUCUGUCUUGGCUCUCUCUGUCGUUACCCGUUCUACGAGGAGGCGCUGCAGAUGGCCGAAGACGGGAAAAUAUCCUGCCGAGUUCUUAGAACUGAGAUGCUUGAAUGCCUUGGAGACACAGAUUUCCUCGCCAAGCUGCACUGCAUCCGCCAGGCUUGUCAGGUCAUUCUUCAAGACUUAUCGACUCGGAAGUUUCUGGCUGACGCAGGAAAAAAGAUCCUGUCCUCAAUAAUCGUGAAAGCGGAGAAGAACCCCAAGAGGUUUGAGGAAGUUUAUGAGGAAAUGAUUGUCUUCCUGGAGGAUCAGGAACAUUGGGAGAGCACCGAGGCUGAGCUCUCUACCAGAGGAGUGAAGCAUUUAAAUUUCUACGACAUCGUCCUCGACUUUAUCCUCAUGGAUUCUUUUGAGGAUCUUGAGAAUCCGCCCAUGUCCAUUACCAAUGUUGUGAACAACCGCUGGCUUAACAACGCAUUCAAAGAAACGGCAGUGGCAUCAAGUUGUUGGUCUGUCCUAAAGCAAAAACGACAACAUGUGAAGAUUCAGAACGGUUUUAUUGCUCACUUCUACGCGGUGUGUGAGCACAUCAGCCCCGAAUUAGCAUGGGGUUUUCUUGGGCCAAGAAGCACCCUGCAUGACUUCUGCUGCUUCUUCAAGGAACAGGUACUGCUCUUCCUGAAGGACAUCUUCGAUUUGGAGAAGGUGCGUUACUCCAGUGUGGACACUCUGGCUGAAGACGUUCUGCGUCUGCUGCACCACCGAGCCGAGUUGCUUCUGAGCCACCCGGGCACUGACUGCUCCGCCCACACUAACGGCCACACCAGCGGAGUGCCCUGUCGGGGGUCUGGCACUCUGCCUGGGACUUGGGUGCAGUGAGAGAAAGGUUCUAACGAUUCAUAAUUUUAUCUCUCCUUGAAGAUGAAGAGCGACAUGUUCUCACCAUGAGCGUUUUUUUUACUUUUGUGCAUUGGUAAAGAUCAAAGUGAAGCACAUAAUGCAGUAAAACCAUUAUAGUGUGUUGCUCUUUUCAGAGUGAUCACACAUAUUUACCAAAAUUAUUUAUUUCAUAUGUUUUUAUUCUUGGAAAAAUUAAGUGCCAUGGAAUGAUCCCAAAAUGUGAGUGCUUGGAUUUCGAUUAAAUGUCAGUUGAGAAGACCCUACUGUACCUCUGGCUAGAACGAUCCAAAAUCAAUACACCUUCUUAGAUUUCAUGGAUAAACUAGAGGUUUUAGGAGUCUAUUUUUUUUUUUUAUAUAUAUACACACACAAACACACCAAGACUAUACUGUAUAGUGGAGGAUGAAUUAUUUUAAACACUACAUAUUGGUCAUGUUGGUUGUGACUACAGUAUAAGCCUUAUUGUUGGCACCUGUGUCGUGUUCUCAAGUUUGAAGUUGAUGUUGGAUGUGCUGCAUUUCUAAUUUUUAAUUAAACAUUUUAACAGAUUUUAAGGCCGAUCGUUCUUUAGUGCUGACUUGGCUGCAUGAAUGUCAUUUGUGUUAAAAGGGGUGGAGCUUAAGUUAAAUCAGACACUUGUAAAACUUGAUUAUGUGACACAACUCCUGUUUCAUUUAUCUAAAUAAAUACAGGUUCACACACAGAUUGUGCAACCGUAACACUAAUUCAGCUAGCUAGCUAGUUAGUCAGUGCAAGCUAACUACAGUGAUUCAUGAUCCAUUACUGUUUGUUAAAUCACUGUAGUUCUACACACCAAUAAAAAUUUAAUUAACUGUUGAACUUUAACCCAAGCUCCGCCCUUGUUUAUACUGUAUAUUAAUGCCAAAAUGUAAGCUAAACCUACCUGCUUAGCCAAAUGCUGAAUAUUUAUUCUUAAAAACUUUGAUGUAUUUUUGUCAAUUUUUUCAUUAUUUUUCAGUAAAAAUGUCCAAAGGUUGUGCUGCUACAAUGUAUACUUUAUGAGCUAAUAAAAGGCCAAUGGAAGGUG